AUGCCUACUGCCACAUAUCUUAUCAUCCUGGCGGUGCUUGCAUUUCAAGUCGGGAUCGUGAGGAGCCACAAGCAGCCACAACAGUUCCUCAUGGGAGAGAGUGAGGGAGUAAGAUACUACUUCGACCCAUGGCCGAAGGGCAUGCGUCCGAAACUAUCAAAAGUGGACUCUCGUGAGGUAAAUGGCAUCAACUGCACUUAUACACGACCAUUCAUGAUACAAUACCCUGGUACCGGCCGUUUCGCCUGGUUGUAUACUGUGAGUGAUAUAAGAGGAUCAAGGCAAUUCUAUUCGUCUGGCGAGAUAGGCGGCGAAACGUGCUUCGAGACCUUCGAAAGUUACGAAUGGAAAAAUCGGACGGUGAAGCGCUUGGCGAAGGAGAAUCCUGUAGUCACCACCGCGAAUAGUUUGUGCGCGGGAGGUGAGCUCGUCCUCAGCAUGGCUGCGGAGGAGCCUGCCCCUAAUGGUGUUUACUACGGCUUUAGCGAGGAUGGUUUCGAAGCAACGAUCAAAUUCGAUGGACGGUCGCGCAUCAAGGAAGUCCGAGUGAACGAUCCGCAGGGAGAAGUCACUAAGUUGAUCUUCACUAUGAUCGGAAAAGCGAUAAAGUGCUAUUUUGGCAUACCAGGAGAGACCAGAUUUGUCAAUCUGAUCGUCGAGCCUGUUGACCCCACCAAAUUUGAUGGCACGAAAGAAAGCUUCCAUGGCGCUCGACUGAAUACUAUGGUCGGGCAGCCUUUCGACAGGAGCCAUCUAAGGAGAUUGUUUGGCCUCAAGGAGCCUGGCAAGCUCAAGCGUAUGCGGUCUCGCAUUGCCAGGAGCAUUACAUCGAUCAGGAAACCAGGGGCCUUUCUACACAGACGCACGAUGCGAGACGGAAUGGAGGAAAGACUCCUCGCACAGGACGAUACCGAUUUAGAACUCGACAACCCAGCUACGAUGAUGGCCGACUACGUAGAUAUAUAA